AUAACGAAUGCGGAGACAGGACUCGUUGCCACCGGCUGCGCUAGGGCUCGCGGAGUUCGCAUUUUCGCCAGCAAUUCCGGCAUUUGGUGAUUGUGGAAUGCAUGCAAAUGACGCCAUGAAGGCAUUCCUGGCGCCUGCUGUCUUUCUCGUGGGUGGCUCCGCCUGUCUGGCCGGCUCCGCGCUCAUACGCGACUCCUCCUCCUCCUGGCCCGCCCUGGCCAUCACCGGCCUCCUGGCGGUCGUUGGCGCACUGCUGGUGGGCGCACGCAACUUCUGGCGCCUGUCGCUGUCGCACGCCGAGGCGGCUGCCGCGGACGGGCAGGGCCUGGUGGCGGCGACGGCUGCGGUGCAGUCAGGCGCAGAGCUGACCGCAGUAGCGCCAACGCCGGAGAACGCUCCCGGCGCAGCAACGAGGUGGACGGCUGCGGCGCAGCUCCUUUCCGGUAGCAGCCGCGGCGGCCGUGCCGCCGCCCGCGCCCGUGCCGCCCGCGCCGACGCCGGCGCAGUUACUGCCAUCGGCGGUGACGUCGAGUCCGGCAAGGCCGGCGGCCAGGCUUUCCUACUGCCCGUGCACUCACUUCACUUCGACGCGUCAUCGUUGUACGGGAGAUUGUACGGCAACACGCUGGCGGCGGCGCCCGGUGGCGGCGGCGAGGCUGCACUGGUGUGCGGCGUGCAGACGCCGCGCGGCGCCGCCGCGGCGGCGGCGGCGGCGGCGGCCGCCAAGCGCGGCUGCUGCGCCGCCAGUGACGAGGAGGCGGCUGGCGCCGUCUGUCCCGUGUGCGGCCACGAGGCAGCGGCGGGCGACCUAUGCGGCUUCGAGGACGGCUGCAGCGUGUGCGGGCACGGCGGCAGUAGCAGCUGCACCACCACACCCGCCGCCACUUGUCCCAACAGCCGUGUCGACAGCUCCGCGGCAGUAGCAGCAUCUCAGCAGGCUCUUGCAGCGGCGGCGGCACCCGGCGGGCCUCUCGCCUCGGCGCCAUCGCCUUCACAUGCUGCCGCCCUCGCUGUGGCGGCGUCGCGGGCGCCCCACUCCGCCACCGCCGGCCCGUCAAGCUCCGACUCCUCCGGCGCCGGCGCCGGUGCCGGCGCCGCAAGCGGCAGUAGCAGGACGGGCCCGGUGUCGGCUGGGCGGCUUGUGGUCAUCGUGCAGCCGCACACCAUCCUCAUGGGGCUACAGCCGCGGCUGCAGCCAGCGCCCAACAGUAACUGCGGCGAAAGCACGCGCAAUGGCGGUAGUACCAGCAGCGGCGGCAGCAGCAGCGAAGCGGCGACUGCUGCGGGGGCUGCAGGGCCGCCUGGGUCGGCCGUAGCCGCCGCCCCCGCCGCGCCGGUGCGAGGUGUGGGUCCGCACGCACGGCCGGCGCCUGAUGCGGCGCGGCUGACGGAUUAGCGGGAUGGGCGGUGGUCUCACAAGUGUGGUGGGCGACCGCAGCAGACUUGUGCCAUCGCCGCCAGGUUUACGGAUUCGCUGGAGCGCUUGGCGUACUAAAUGCUUUCAAAUAAUCUCGUUUCUACCAGACAGUUCGGAUACUAAAGUGAGCCCUCUAGACAUAGCAAUGUCGAGAGUACGGCAGUUUGCUUAUCGUCAUAUGGGUGGCCAUUCCGUUGUUCAUGUGUCGGUUGCGUACAAUGCUGCUGCCACUCGUGACAGCAGGUUGUAACAUGGGCGUGGCGAUGCACUUCCGAGCCAUCUGUAUGCCAUACGUCCCAUCAUCGCAGUGUGCUUAAUCGAGAAGUCAUAGGCCUGGUCCUAGGCUGCAUAUGUUUCAUGGUUCGUGUGCUGACAGGCGGGUGCGCAGAUUACCUACUCAAGCCUCAGACACCGUAUUGAAACCCAUAAACGCGAUGAGCACUGUCCUGAUCGGAAACACUUAAUGUGCCCUGUUGCAAUGAUGCCCGUGUGGGUCCUGGUGGGUAUAUGGGACGCUUGCUAAUGGUGGUGGGUAUUGAGUGCUGCGGACGUGCCUCUUCCAUCGUGUUAACACAGCCGUGGGUUCUACCCCUGACCUGCCUGCCUGCCAGUAUCUCUGCAUAGGAAGUUAGGAGCUGGUGCUCCUCUGGCAGAACAGGCCGUGUCGCCGUGACUGCCGGCUGCAUUGCUGCAAUACUUCAAUCAAUUGCAAACGCAGAACCUGCGAAACCACGGCAGGGUGCAGCCCUGAGAGUCGGCAGUGCAACCAUACUGGCUGUGUACAGAUGUGUUCGUGAUUGUGUAUCCGAAGUGCUGCUGUUGUGUGUGUGUGUGUGUGUGUGUGUGUGUGUGUGUGUGUGUGUGUGUGUGUGUGUGUGUGUGUGUGUGUGUGGGUGCGUGCGUGCGUGCGUGCGUGCGUGUGUGUGUGUGUGUGUGUGUGUGUGUGUGUGUGUGUGUGUGUGUGUGUGUGUGUGUGUGUGUGUGUGUGUGUGUCACCGUGCUCACAACGUACGAUGUGUGUGUGCAGGGUAGCAUCUGCCUAAGCGUUAUGGGCAGUCUGGGGUGCACACGUGGGGUGCACAUCAGUACUGGACAACUGCAGCAUGCAACAGGAUGCAGCCCUGCUGGGCUGCGGUCUGAACAAGGUUCGAGGUCCAAGGCCAGGCCUGAGGUGGCACAGCGAAGUUUCAGAAGCGGGAUAGGGACACACGGAUAUGGAUAUGAGAUGGCACAGAAUUGUGUGCGCAUGCACGGUUUGCUGCGGCCAAUGCAGUCUGGGGGACAGGGGCAAGCGUUUUUCAACCUUCAUGGCUUUGCGCAGGCGAGUGACGUGACUAGUUUGUUAGCUGCGGGUUAGCACGGACUGUGCACCCCACCCAACCGGCCACGUCCGGAUUUGCGGGGAUGCCAAAGGCCCCCAACAUAGAGGCGUGUGCUUAGUAGGCGCCCGCGUCAAGGUGGCUGGGUUGAUAAUGACCCGGGAUCAGCCCUUUUCCUGCCAUAAGGCAGCCACCUCCUUGUUCAGCCUUCAUACUUGUUACC